UAAUGGAAGAAAUACAAGACAGUCAAAUCGCAAAUGACAAAGUUAUAAAUACUUCCAAGAAAAAAAUAAAUAAAAAAAGCUCUAAGACAACUGAAGAUCCGUUAAAUAAGGAAUCUCCACAAGAACUUAUUUCGCCAAAACCUCAUCAAAUUCCUGUCGAUGAAUUAUUUCCUGACGGAAUAUUCAAUCCAGGAGAAUGUUUAGAGUAUAAAAGAACUGUGAGAGAAGGUGCUGAAGAUAGGGACAGUGUUAACAAUGAUUACUAUAAUGAUAUUCGCAAGGCCGCUGAAGUUCACAGAGAAACUAGAAAAUAUAUUAAUGAUUUUAUUAAGCCUGGAAUGAAAAUGAUUGAUAUUUGGUGGGUUUCCCUUUAUUUUCUUUUUAGUGAAGAAUUGGAAUCUACUGUUAGAAGACUUAUUUCUGCUGAUAAGUUAAAGCGUGGGAUAGCGUUUCCUACGGGAGUGUCCCUUAACAACUGCGCAGCUCACUAUACCCCAAACCCGUCUGACGAGACUGUCUUGCGAUAUGACGAUGUUUGUAAAAUAGACUUUGGUACACACGUAAAUGGUCGAAUAAUCGACUGUGCCUUUACCAAGACCUUCAAUCCCACAUAUGAUAAUCUUCUCGAGGCAGUAAAAGAGGCUACAAAUUGUGGAAUACGAGAAGCCGGAAUUGAUGCGAGGUUCAGUGACAUCGGAGAAGCUAUUCAGGAAACAAUGGAAGCACACGAAGUUGAAAUCAGGGGUAAAGUCUAUCCUGUGAAAUGCAUUCGGAACUUAAAUGGACAUACAGUUAAUCAGUACAGGAUUCAUGCCGGAAAGAGUCUCCCAAUAGUCAAAAACGACAGUAAAGAGAAAAUGGAGGUUUUUAGUAUUAAAAAAUUUCAAGAAAACGAGUGCUAUGCCAUCGAGACGUUUGGAUCUACGGGAAAAGGGCAUGUGGUGGACUGUGGAGAAUGCUCUCAUUACAUGCACAAUCCCGACAUCACUUACCACAGCCAAGGUUUAGUCGUUGAAUUGAGUUUUAGAUUGGAAUCGGCUAAAAAGUUAUUUCGACAAAUAAAAUCGAUUUUUAAUACUUUGCCAUUUUGUAAACGGUGGCUAGUGGACAACGGAUUUAUUCGGUAUCAGGUUCCGCUGAAAUUACUAACAUCUUGUGGAAUGGUGGAGUCUUAUCCUCCUCUUGUUGACAUCGAAGGAUGCUAUACUGCACAGUUUGAACAUACUGUUCUUUUGCGCCCCACCUGUAAAGAAGUAGUUAGUCGUGGAGAUGAUUAUUGAUUCUUGUUAUUUUCUUUCAUUUGAUUUUCCUUUGUAA